UUUUGUAUCGUAUCGUACGUCAUUCAGCGAACACCGGUGUGUGCAAAAUAAUUAUAAUAAUCCGUUUUUGCUCUAAUAGUAAAGUGUCGAUAUUAUAGAUUUUCGUCGUAACGGUGACGAGACACGAGUCUACUAUACGUCUGUUCGUAUAUUAUAUUAUUUUAUUGUUGUGAGCCAUAAGGGCAAUACUCAUUACAUUAUUAUUUUUGUCAUUUGCGUGUAUUGUACCCAUAUCAUAGCACAGGACCAGCUAGCUAGUCUGCGCUCCACAAACUGUUCCAACUUCAGACACUGCGAACGACUUCUGUUAUCAUCUCUCUGGUAAACUUCAUGGUACGGAACAUUGUACAGUACAUGCUGCCCUCUUACGGACACGAAUUUUUCGAAAAAGAGCCACAAUGACUGCUAAUGAUGAGAGAACACACGUCAUACCAAGUCUAUUGAAGUCUGCUUACCACGCGUGUAACAAAAUUCAGAGGAACAAGUACGAUGAGCUGGACGCUCCGGACAUUAACUUUAGGAUUUGUUGCCAGUCGGUUUUCCAAAUCAUAAAACUGAACACGGAGAGUGGUUGUUUCGACUCGCUCGGCGAUAGACGGUCCAUGUACCACAAGGUGCUGCCAGUCGUCCAUAACAAGUUAAUCAAAAACAUAUGCGAGAAGGCCGCGUUUCACGGACACAUCGACUGUCUAAAGAUUUCUCGCGAGAUUGGCGUUCCGUGGUACGAUUCGUCCCAAUGGGAUCAAUCUGAGUGCGAACCGGCAGAGUUUCACAGGCGCAUGUAUAGUAGGUCGUAUGGUCACAAGCUUGGCGUUUCCUCUUACGAUUCGUCUAGGUGGGCUCAAUCAGCGUGCGACCAGGCCGCGGUAUCCGGCAACUUGGACUGCCUGAUUUACGCACACGAAAACGGUAGUCGGUGGAAUAUAUUUACGUGCUGCAUGGCUGCGUCAGGAGGAAACCUGAAUUGUCUGAAGUAUUUACACGAAAAUGGAUGCCCGUUGGGCUUAUUUGUGGGUUCUCUAGCGGUGGAAUAUGGACAGCUGAGCUGCUUGAAGUAUGUACAUGAAAAUGGAUUCGCGUUGGACAAACUCACGUGUUCUAAUGCCGCGAGAAAAGGAUACCUGGACAUUCUUAAGUAUGCACACGAAAAUGGCUGCCCGUGGGACACGCUCACGUGUUCUGAUGCUGCGAGACACGGGCAUUUGAACUGUCUCAGGUAUGCACAUGAAAAUGGAUGCCCAUGGGACCGACUCACGUGUUUUAAUGCUGCGAUAAAUGGGCGAUUGGACUGCCUUGAGUAUGCACUCGAAAACGGAUGCCCUAACAACUGACUCGUCUGACGAAGGUUAAUUAAAAUUAAUGCCUCUGGGCCGUUUAAGCCACCCCGAGGUACCUAAUCGAUGGAUUCUGCCGUCUCUUAAAAAGUGUUGAGCCGAGAUAAAUAUAAUUUUAUCUAGAUAAAGAUAAAGAUAAAUUAUAAUUAUGUUAUCUAGAUAAAGAUAAAGAUAACUAAAUUAUUUAUUUAUCUAGUUAAAGAUGAAAAAAAUUUUUUUUUUAUCUUGAUAAAUUAUCGGAUAAAUUUUUAUUAUGGCUCUCUCCGUAAGUUCGUAGCAAUAUAGAAUAACUUAAUAGCACGUUAUCGAAAAUGUUGAUAAUUAUUAGUGGGGCUCGGAUUUUAAAGCAAAUGCUUCUUUUUAUAUAUAUAAAAUAGAAAUCUACUUUUUAUACAUAAAUUUGUUUCACGUCAUUCUGAUUCCAAAUAAACGAUUUUAUUUUA